GCAUAUCCAUUAAAAUGAGAGAAAUUGAGGAUUGUUAUAAAUUAUAUUAGAAGCAAGAUUGUAGUAAUGAAAGGGGUAAUGGAAGUUGAAGCUUACAUAGAUGCCGCAAUAUUCUUAUACUUAUGGGAGAGUUGGCAGCGAUGUGGUGAGGGAUUGCGCUUGCAGUAUGCAGAGAUUGAUAUCGGAGAUAGGACGGGAAACCGAUCGGCAAGGUGGGCGAUUCCUGAUCAGAUUGAAGGAGCCUACGGAGGGGGAAGAGACGUUUCUGGGGAUCUUAAGCGAAUUGGUGGUUGCGUACGGCCGAAUAGUGCAGGAUAUCCGGGUUGGUUAUCUGUUUCGGGGUCGACGUGGGAAUGGGCCGCUAGGAGGGAGUCGUUUCAAUAAAAGGAUUGAGAAAUGGUUUGGGGAGGCGGGUGUGUAUGAAGGGGAGACGGGUCACAACUUUCGGAUAGGUGGGGUGCAAGCUGAUAUCGAGGAGGGAUGGAGCUUGGGAGAGAUGAUGCGACAGGGGACAUGGAAAAGUGUUGGGACCUUCAUGCGGUAUGGGUAUGGGAUGAAACGAGGUUGGAAAAGAAAAGGCGAUAAUUAGGUUUUAACUAGGAACACUUUGAGGCCAAACAUGGCUGGGUUGGAACAGGAUGGAUGCACUUUGGGGCUAGGUAUGCAUGAGAAAGG